AUGAGGCUGAAGAAGAGACGGAGUAAGACGGAGCCUGCAUUCGCCUUCCCGGGGAGAGCGGCCCGAACAGCCUCCGCCCGCCGGCCCCCUCCCGCAGCCCGGCCGCCCCGGCCCGCGCGGCUUCAGCACCGCGGACAGCGCCCCGCCCGCGGCAUGGCCCUGCGCUCCGGCCCCGCCGCGCUGCUGCUCGGCUGCGGCCUCCUCGGGCUGCGCGCAGGGAUGGAGCAGCGGGACGCUGCUGUCUCAGCCUGGCUGGCCCACUUGGCUAGGGAGAGCGGGAUGCUAGGCGUCCGGGGUACUGACACGGAGGAGCGGCUAGUGGAGCACCUUCUAGAUCCUUCCCGGUACAACAAGCUCAUUCGCCCAGCCACCAAUGGCUCUGAGCUGGUGACCGUACAGCUCAUGGUGUCGCUGGCCCAGCUCAUUAGUGUGCAUGAGCGGGAACAGAUCAUGACCACCAAUGUCUGGCUGACCCAGGAAUGGGAAGAUUAUCGCCUCACCUGGAAGCCUGAGGAGUUCGACAACAUGAAGAAGGUUCGGCUCCCUUCCAAGCACAUCUGGCUGCCGGAUGUGGUCCUAUACAACAACGCUGACGGCAUGUACGAGGUGUCCUUCUAUUCCAACGCCGUGGUCUCCUACGACGGCAGCAUCUUCUGGCUGCCGCCCGCCAUCUACAAGAGCGCCUGCAAGAUCGAGGUGAAGCACUUCCCCUUCGACCAGCAGAACUGCACCAUGAAGUUCCGCUCGUGGACCUACGACCGCACGGAGAUCGACCUGGUGCUCAAGAGUGACGUGGCCAGCCUGGACGACUUCACGCCCAGUGGCGAGUGGGACAUCGUGGCGCUGCCGGGCCGGCGCAACGAGAACCCGGACGACUCCACCUACGUGGACAUCACGUACGACUUCAUCAUCCGGCGCAAGCCCCUCUUCUACACCAUCAACCUCAUCAUCCCCUGCGUGCUCAUCACCUCGCUGGCCAUCCUCGUCUUCUACCUGCCGUCCGACUGCGGCGAGAAGAUGACGCUGUGCAUCUCCGUGCUGCUGGCGCUCACCGUCUUCCUGCUGCUCAUCUCCAAGAUCGUGCCGCCCACCUCGCUGGACGUGCCGCUGGUGGGCAAGUACCUCAUGUUCACCAUGGUGCUGGUCACCUUCUCCAUCGUCACCAGCGUGUGCGUGCUCAACGUGCACCACCGCUCGCCCACCACGCACACCAUGGCGCCCUGGGUCAAGGUCGUGUUCCUGGAGAAGCUGCCCGCGCUGCUCUUCAUGCAGCAGCCGCGCCACCGCUGCGCCCGCCAGCGCCUGCGCCUGCGGCGGCGCCAGCGCGAGCGCGAGGCGGGCGCCCUCCUCUUCCGAGAAGCCCCCGGGGAGCCGACGGGCCCGGCGCAAGGCUGCGGGCUCCGCGCGGCGGUGGACGGAGUGCGCUUCAUCGCGGACCACGUGCGCAGCGAGGACGACGACCAGAGCGUGAGCGAGGACUGGAAGUACGUCGCCAUGGUGAUCGACCGUCUCUUCCUGUGGAUCUUUGUCUUUGUCUGCGUUUCUGGCACCAUCGGCAUGUUCCUGCAGCCUCUCUUCCAGAACUUCGCCGCCGCCGCCUUCCUGCACGCGGACCGCUCGGCGCCCAGCUCCAAGUGAGGCCCUCCCCGGCCCGCGCUCCUUCG